CACUAACAUUUCCCAUUACUUCCAGGAGAAGCAGCGGCUCACUAUUAGGAACUUUGCGUGCGACCUAUGGCACACAACUAGCAGGGUGGACUACUCCCUGACGAUUUUUAUUAACCCCUACAGUGUAUGGAAAGUGCUCCUGGAUGGACCUGGGCGAAAACAGCUGGUCCAUGGUCAAGCGAGAAGUAUCCAGCAGCCCAGGGUCACCGGCUGAGCAGACCUACCUGCACGGUGACAGUAGGAGGGACGGUCCCACCUCGGAUGAGCUGAGGACACCUCCGAGCGACCUUGACGCACUGGGACACCGUCGCUCCGACAGCAGAUCACUACACUCCUACGUUCACUUCGGACACCAUAACAACACCCUGCCCACCGCCGAGGACAUCCCGCUGUUUACGGAUUUAGACCAAGGCAGCAAACUCGUCCUCUCCAGCGGAGCGCACAAGGCGAGCUUGCUGGUGGACCCGACCGACAUGUACCAAACACUGGCCAUCGCCGCAGCCCAGAGCCAGACUGGAUAUGAUUCCUCCUCUGGUGGUUAUAUGCACUCCAACCCCAACUCCCCAGUGUAUGUCCCCAGCUCCAGAGUGGGCCCCAUGAUACCCAGCCUCUCGUAUCUGCAGGCCAGCGGCUCUGCGCAGCCCAGCCACGCCGUCUCCAGCCACUCGGUCUGGUCGCAGUCCGCCCCGGAGAGCCCCUCAUACAGCACCGGCAGCCCUCACACCUCCACUCGGUUCCACUACCCUCCAAGCCCGCCCAUGAAUAACGGGACGCCCAGGGACACCGGCUACAGUAACACGCUGAAUGUGAGCAGCAGAGACCAGUACGGCCUCUCUCGGCCCAUCAGUGGGACCUACGCGAGUCCAUACUCUCCUUAUGUCGCACCGCAGCUCUCCCAGCUGCCCUCGCCUUGGACCGGGGGACCUUUUGAUAACACGAUGCUGCACACCUUGCAGAGCAGAGGCGCGCCCUUGAUUCGAGGACCAAACGGAGUUUCAGAUAUUCUCGACGACAUGGGGGAGAGCAGAGAGUGCGUCAACUGCGGCUCCAUCUCCACGCCGCUCUGGAGGCGCGACGGCACGGGCCACUUUCUCUGCAACGCCUGCGGCCUUUACAGCAAAAUGAAUGGGCUCAGCCGGCCAUUAAUUAAACCACAGAAACGGACGUCAACGUCUAGAAGAAUCGGCCUGUCCUGCGCCAACUGUCAAACCAGCACGACCACUUUGUGGCGCAGGAACGCGGAGGGAGAGCCGGUGUGUAACGCGUGUGGUCUCUACACAAAAUUACACGGGGUACCUCGGCCGCUCGCCAUGAAGAAAGAGGGAAUCCAGACGAGAAAAAGAAAACCAAAGACCUUGAAUAAAACGAAGGGAUCCUCUGGAAAUAACAACUCUGUCUCUAUGACUCCCACAUCCACAUCUUCAUCUAAUUCCGAAGAUUGCUCGAAAACCAGCUCUCCCUCCGCACAGGUGUCAGGGGUCAGUUCAUCCGUGCUGUCCAGCUCAGGGGAGGGAACCGGCUCCAGCUCAACGGUGAAGUACCCGGGACAGGAUGGCCUGUACACCAGCGUGGGUCUGUCCCAGCCAUCAGAUGUAGCUUCAGUGAGGGGUGAACCCUGGUGCCCCUUGGCUUUAGCUUGAACAUCUAAAUCUCUGGGAGGACAGCAAUCCCUGGCCCCUCUGUCUGGAUGCUAUGUAGUGUGGAAGUAUUCAAGGGGCAAUGUUUGUUUCCUUCCUCGCAGCUGAUGCAAGAAGAGUCGGACAGGGGGAAAAGAAGGGUGAGGCGACCUUCAGUCACACUGCAAGCUUGACCCGAGCACGGAAUAGCUGGGAUUGGUUUCCAGAUUGGUGUGGGGGAUCUUGUUGCCUUAAAGAAAACAAAGGGAAUCGCCAGGCCAGAUGAUCAAUCAGGUGGUCUGCUUUGGAUGGUUUCUGGACCCCGCCAUGCACUCGAUAUCUCUCCCAUCCACCAUGGCACAGACCCAGAUCUCUUAAAAUAAAGCCAUCGUGUACAUAACGGAUUUCCUCUCCGACGAAAAAGCUGUUGAUUGGAUACCACUGCUUCCUAAAGCGCUAUAUUCUUUAAGGACAUUUAGAUUUUUUUGUUUUCUUUCCACAACUGGAAUCAAGCCACAAGCGCCAAGACAACUUUUAUGAAUCAAAAGAAAAAAAAUAUUUAUAAAUCUUCCAUUGUUGAAAACAUGGCUAUGAUUGUUAAUAAAGAUAUCAAAAUAGAGUAGAAGUUAAGCCAUUCUGACGUCUUCUUUUCUAUUGUUUUUCCUUUAUAAGUGGUUGUUUGUAGUACAGUAGUGUUGAAUCUGCACAUUUUCCACUGAAAGCUCUUACUGUAUUUGACUGAAACUAGUUUGGUUUAAACAGGGUAUAAAUGUCAUCUGGUGGUUUUGUUUAAUUAUUUACUGAAAAAAAAUGCAAAUAAUCAACUUUUUCCAGACUAAUUUCUGACAUUGAAAUGUUGUUGAAAUGGCAGCAUUAAGGUACUAUUCUCAAAGCAGAGCUACAAAAACUCUUUUACAUGUAAAGCAGUUGGUUGGCUUGUUUGAACAAAGCACACCCAGAAUAGCUGUGGGCCUACUGACCUUUAUGUUACAAGACAUAAACUGCAAAAGAAGACUGUUGGCUGCACUGCGACUCACUAUAAACUGUGUACCUUUCACAAUGCAAGCAUGUACUAUUGCAUCAUUUUUAUACCAAAAUUAGACCAAAGAGGAGAGUGAGGUCACCUCUGAACAAAUUCAUGUUACUUUGAUGACUUUGACUAAUCCCUGUGAGGAUUAAAGGGAGUGUAAUGGGUCCAGGAGUUGAACAGAAUGAGUUGUUAAAGUGGACAAUUGAGAGAGGGAAUAAAAGAAGCAAAUAUAGCAAUGCAAUGUUUUCAAAAUGUUGUGGCAAGAUUUUUUUUAAAAUCCAGCUGCAUGAGUGGCAUGCAACAUUAAAAUUCCAUGUUUGAUUUUUCACACUGUUUGUCUCUACGUCCUGCAGCAGUGGUGUGGUCGGAGUGUUUCAGGCCAUGACACAGUCAUGGGGUGAUUUAAACCUGAAGGCAAUCUGAUGAGUUACACGUGAAACUUGGCGUAAAGACGGUUAUUUCUUAUCUUUUAUUUUCUUUUUUUUCUCACAACUUGCUUCAUCCAAAAAGGGCAUGUCAUUCAUUCUUCUGGACUUAUUUAUUUUUCUAAAUAUCAUGUUUAUUUAGCAUCGUUUUUUUGCUGUUGUUUUUCUUUUUCAUAAGAAAUUAUUUUAUUUAAAUUUCAGUCCAAUAAAUUGUUCUGGUGAUGCAAAUGAAUUGACAGUGACCCUGUGUUUUAAAGGAAAAAGACUUGUGGAAAGAACUGUGUUCUUGCAUAAUAUUAAUAUUACUCAGGCAUACUUUUGUAUGAGGCAAUCGUAGCCAUGCUUUAACUCCCUUUUUCUCCCUGGCGGAACAAAAACUGGCUAUUUUCUCAGAUGUUUUCAUGACUGGGAGGAAAGCACAUAAGCCAAGUAUUUCCUGGGGAGAAAAACUGAAAAUUUGUGCUUCAUUUUCAGAAAUUUACCUAAUUGUUUUUCAAAAAUUGCAUCGCAAACCAAAAAAAGAUUCUUGCAGAUUUUGAUUUCCAGCUUUCUCUGGGUGGUUUGCUCCCACAUUCUGCUUAUGUUUCAUUAAAGCAAGCCUUUAUUCUUCCUGACA